CACUCCUUUUGCUCCUCGACCGCGUAGUCAGAACACUCUCCCAACUCACCAUGGCCUCGGUAAAGCAGUUGAACGACGUGCCUCUCGACACUUGGGAAACCAUUGCGAGCUACUGGGACAAGUCCAUUGGAAAAGAUGGCAACAUCUACUGGAAGAAGCUGCAAGAGCCGUCACUCCGUCGAUUGCUGGGGGAUCAUCUCGGAAAAGAGUCCUGUCGUGCGCUGGACCUUGCGACAGGGAACGGGAUUUGCGCUCGAUGGUUGGCGAAGCACGGAGCGAGAGUGACCGCCACUGACGGAAGCGAGAACAUGGUCCAGAUAGCCAAGAACUGGAUGAAGGGAGAAGAGCGGAGUGACAGCGUUGACUUCACCAAGUUGGAUGUCACACAGACAAAGGAUUUUGACGCUUUCAUCGCUGCCACUGGCGAGAACAUGUUCGAUAUCGUCCUCAUGAACAUGGCCAUCAUGGAUGUUUCCACGCUCGAGCCACUCGUCCAGGCACUUCCGAAGCUCUUGAAGCCGAAUGGAGUCUUCGUCGCAACCCUUCUUCAUCCCGUCUUCAUGACCUCCGGAGCAUCUCGCAAUGUCGAUCUCCGGUAUGACGGUGAGACCGGUGACCUCGAAGUCGUCAGGACCAAAGUCAUCAAGAACUACCUCCACAUUCCACCUUAUAAGGGUAUUGCCAUUCCUGGACAAUCAAAGCGACAGCUCUACUUUCACCGUCCAAUGGAUGAGCUCUUCACCACCUUCUUCCAGGCCGGUCUCGUCAUGGAUGCCAUUGAGGAACCGGCAUUCUCGGAAGAGGACAGGGAAGAGGGCAGGGUCGAGUCAAGCCGAAAUUACACGCAACUCCCGGCAAUUCUCAGCUUCCGCAUGCGGUUGCCGUACAAAAACGGCGCGUGAGUCGCGAUGAUCUUCGAUGAUUUUUGCGACAUAUAUCGAUGGGUACGGUGCUAUAGAGUUGUGGUUAGCCAGUGAUGGAUGAGAGAGAGGCGGAAGAUGAAUGUCACCCGCGCGGAGUUUGAAAUGAGACAAUUGCUAUGAGGACGGGGGGGGGGCUAGAGCUUAUAAGUCCAAGAAACUAUUGACACAUUGCUGGACAAUCAGCUGAUUUC